UACCCCAUAAUAGAAACAUAAGAGCAAGUGGUCCUUCAAAGGACAAACUCUUUGAUUAAUGAUUAUGCAUCUGAUCAUCCUCAUCACUACUUUGUUUCCUGAUCAGCAACAUGAUUGAGUGAGGAAGCAGCUAGCUAAAGUUGUUCAUUGUCUUUAUUUGUCGCCAUUGUCGACUAACGAAGCUUUAGCUGAGAGAUGGGGGGUUUGAAAGUUCUGUCAACUCUUGAUUCGGCAAAAACACAGUUGUACCAUUUCAAAGCAAUAAUAAUUGCAGGUAUGGGUCUAUUCACUGAUGCUUAUGAUCUCUUUUGUAUUACGCCCGUCAUGAAAUUGAUCGGACGAAUCUACUACGAAGAUCAAGACAUCGAUGAAUCUGUGAGAGGUGUGGUACCACCAUCAGUCGUAUCCAUAACAGUUGCCACCGCUCUUAUUGGUACCGUCUUCGGGAAAUCGGUAUUCGGAUACUGUGGUGAUAAGUUUGGUAGGAAAAGAGUUUAUGGUCUGGCACUCCUAAUCAUGAUUUUCAGCUCUAUUGGUUGUGGUUUCUCAGUUUGUAGGACAAGGAAAUGCGUUAUAACAAGUCUUUGCUUCUUUAGGUUCUUGCUUGGUUUCGGUAUUGGUGGGGAUUACCCAAUCUCCGCUACAAUCAUGUCUGAAUUUGCUAAUAAAGCAACAAGGGGUUCGUUUAUUGCUACUGUUUUUUCCAUGCAGGGUUUCGGGAUCCUCACUAGCUCCGCUGUUACGAUGCUUCUCUGUGGGAUUUUCGAUCGUGCUUCCGAUUCAAAGAACAAAGUUGCCCAAACACCCGACGAGGCUGAUUUACUCUGGCGGCUGAUUUUGAUGUUCGGUGCUAUUCCGGCAGCUAUGACAUUUUAUUGGCGAAUGAUGAUGCCUGAAACUGCCAGGUAUACUGCAUUGGUGGAAAAAAAUCUAAAACAAGCAGUGAAAGACAUGGAAGGAGUGUUAGAUAUACCAAUGACCGAUAUCACAGAAGAAGACGAAGUGGUGCCCGUGUCACCAACUUACGGAAUAUUGUCAAGAGAAUUUUUCAGACGUCAUGGACAAGAUCUCUUUGCUUGUGCUUCCUCUUGGUUCCUUGUGGAUGUCGUUUUCUACAGCAGCAAUCUAUUCCAGUCCCAUGUUUAUCGUGAUCUUCUUAGAGAUCCCCAUAGACUGAAUGCAUAUCAGCAGGCCUAUGACGUAGCAAAACUUCAAGCGAUUAUAGCAGUUUGUUCUACAAUUCCAGGGUACUGGGCUACUGUUUUCUUUAUUGAACGAAUCGGGCGAGUUAAAAUCCAAAUGUUGGGGUUCUUGGUUAUGGGGAUUUGUAUGUUUGCUAUUGGAAUACCUUAUUACCAAUAUUGGAAUGAUCACACAAAUGGAUGGUUCUUAAUCCUUUAUGGACUCACAUUCUUCUUUGCUAAUUUCGGGCCAAACACGACGACGUUCAUCAUACCUGCCGAGCUAUUUCCUGCUAGGUUUCGAUCCACUUGUCAUGGGUUCUCUGGUGCUGCUGGAAAAAUUGGUGCUAUUGUGGGUUCGGUUGGAUUUCUAUGGGCUUCUCAGAGUCAGAAUGAGAAGGACGUUGACAAGGGUUAUCAAACAGGUAUUGGGAUGACUAAUGCAUUAGUGAUUCUUGGUGGAAUUUCACUGUUAGGAAUGAUCUUGACCUAUUUCUUCACACGUGAAACCAUGGGAAGGUCCUUAGAAGAAAACGAGGUGGAGUACCAAGCAUCAAACCAAACGAGUUUUAUGGUAUGUUUCAGGGGUGCUGACCAAACAAGUCCUGAACAUGAUCAUCAACAUCCUAGUAAUUCUCAUGUCCGUUCGAGUAUCAGUACUAGUACUACUAGUAAUAGUACUGUUGCUAUUGAUCAAAACAGAACUAGUACUUCGGCUUCUCUUUAUUUGGCUUAAUUUUCAAUCAAGAAAUUCAUGUUGUGCCGCCAUUAUAAGUUUAAUAUAUACGUGUAUCGUGCAUUCAUUUAUUACAAUCAGAUUUUUAUAAGUGAUGAAGUUUGUAAAUCUUUAAAACCUUUUGAGGAGUAUCACCAAACAAGUAUAAAUG